CGCCCGUCCCCCCAGGUGUGGGACAGCGGGGGAUGCAGCCACAGCGUGGAUCUCACGGCGCUGGGGAAGCAUGGGGACGUCUACACGGAGGGGCCCUUUGCCUGCCUGUCCUGGUCACACUCGGAGACACGGCUCCUCUAUGUGGCUGAGAAGAGCCGACCCGAACGACAGCCCCCCUGCCCCUGGGAUGUGCCAGGAGCAGCCUGGCCAGCAGCAGAGGAUGAGGAUGAGGAGGGUAAGCAGUUUGUGUACCACGAGGACUGGGGGGAGGCCCUGAGCACACGCAGCAUGCCAGUCCUCUGUGUCCUGGACCUGGAGGGCCUCAGCCUGUCAGUACUGGAGGGAGUCCCGGAGCAUCUCUCCCCUGGCCAGGCCCUGUGGUCCCCGGAUGACCAUGGUGUGGUGUUUGUGGGAUGGUGGCACAAGCCCUUCCGCCUGGGGCUGAGCGCCUGCUCCAACAGGAGGUCAGGGAUUUUCCACUUGGACCUGGCCAGCGGAUGCUGCGAGCUGCUGUCAGCAGAGAAUUGUUCUGUCUGCUCCCCUCGGCUGAGCCCUGAUGGCCAGCGCUUGCUCUACCUGGAGGGGGUUGUGGGGGGGGCCCACCGGCAGUGUCUGCGCCUGCGCAUGCUCACCUGGCAGACAAGGCAGACAGUGACGGUGCUUGAUGUGGUGCAGGAGCCCACAGAGGCCUUUGCUGGGCUCUACACAGAGGUGCUGCCACCACAGUGCUGGGCAGCUGACAGCCGGCGAGCCGUGCUGGGCACCCCUCAGCGGAGCCGCACGGACCUGCUGCUCGUCGAUACGGAGGCAUCCACUGUCACCAACCUGACAGCAGGGUCAUCUGAAGGGUGCUGGGAGCUUCUCACUCUCCAGUGGGACCUGCUGGUGGCCACCUGCUCAGCCCCCCACCACCCCCCCAGCCUGGUGGUGGCUGUACUGCCGCCAGCAGGCCAGGAGUUGCCCCUUGGCUGGGUAUCAGUGGAGGACACCCCAACAGUGCCUGGUAUCACCUGGAAGACUCUGACGGUCCAGCCACCCUGCAAUGGGCAGGGCCCUGCUGCACAGAACACCCAGGCUUUUGAGGCCCUGCUGCUGAGCCCCUCAGAUGGCAUACCACCGUACCCACUCGUUGUGUGCCCCCAUGGUGGUCCCCACGCUGUCUUUGAUGCCCGCUGGCGUCCGAGCAUGGCUGCACUGUGCCAGCUGGGCUUCGCCGUGCUCCUGGUGAACUACCGUGGCUCCCUGGGCUUCGGGCAGGCCAGCAUCAGCUCCCUGCUUUCCCGUGUGGGUGAGCAGGAUGUGGCAGACACCCAGCUGGCAGUGGAGCAGGCGCUGCACAGAGAGCCCCUGGACCCGCACCGCCUGGCCCUGCUGGCUGGAUCCCACGGAGCCUUCAUCGCCCUCCACCUCCUCGCCCGUGAGCCCAAGCGUUACCAAGCCUGUGCCCUGCGCAGCCCCGUCUCCAACCUGCCCGCACUGCUGGGCACCUCUGACAUCCCUGACUGGCGCUACACCUCCCUGGGGCUGCCCUACUCCUUUGAGCGGGUGCCAUGUGCUGAGGAGGUGGCCACCAUGCUACUGCGCUCGCCCAUCGCCCAGGCAGCCCAGGUGGAGACACCUGUGUUGCUGUGCGUGGGCGCCCGGGACCGGCGCGUCAGCCCCACACAGGCACUGGAGCUGUACCGGGUGCUGCGGGCCAGGGGUGUGCCAGCACGGCUGCUGUGGUACCCAGAGGGUGGCCAUGCACUGGCUGGUGUGGAGACGGAGGCUGAUGUCUUCAAGAACUCUGCCCACUGGCUCCUCCAGCACCUGGGGCAACCCAGGCGGGAUGGGGCAGGCUGGCACAGCCCCUAAUGCCCACAGUGGUCCUGGGCUAUGCCAGCCUCUGGGUGGCUGCUGGCCCUGGGGACCACACCAGAACCAGAGGCAGAUGGAGGGAGUGUAGCCGGGGGGAGGGAUGUGUGUUGGGGUUUGGUGUUAAAUAAAUGUGAGACCCUGUGCAGUGCCGA